AUGGCAGCCAAGGCUGGGUUUGCGAUCGUUACGCCGGCGUCGAAGGGCCUGGGGUUUGCCUUCGCCCGCCACUUGUUGGCGAAUACGCCGUUGCCGGUUGUUGCCACGGCGCGGACGGAUUGCGACGCUGUGAAAGGAAGAUUGCUCGAUCGGUGGGAUCGAUCGGGAUCGGGGGAUCGAGAUCGGGAUCUGGAGAAGCGAUUGACUGUUCUCCAGGUGGAUGUUACGGAUGAAUCUACCAUCAAGAACAUGACAUCGACAAUCCGAGACACGCUCCCAGACACGCCGCUGCGUCUGGCGCUCACGGUCCCUGGGAUCUUGAAUGUCGAAAAAUCCCCGGCCCAGAUCGAUGCCGCUGCGGCGCUGGAUAGCUUCCGGGUGAAUUCCCUCGGCCCCAUGUUGCUCAUGAAGCAUCUGUCGGCCUUCUUACCUGCCAAGUCGGCGGCGGCGUUUCCGGAGCAGGAGGCUCGGGAUGGUCAGCUCGGGUUACCGGGACAUGCGAUCUACGCGAUGAUGGCUGCGCGCGUGGGCUCGAUCUCGGACAACGGCUUUGGCGGGUGGUAUUCCUACCGGGCGAGCAAAGCGGCUGUGUUUCAGCUAGCCAAGACGUUUGACCUGUUCUUGAGGACGAGGAGUAAGGAGCGAGCGCUGGCAGUCGCCAUGCAUCCUGGCACGGUGCAGACGGAUUUUACGCGGGAUUAUCAGGAUGGGAGGGAGAUGUUGACGCCGGACGAGUCGGCAGCGAAGUUGUUGAGGGUGAUCUGUGGGAUGGGGCCUGGAGUGAACGAAGGACGAGGGAGGUGUUGGGAUUGGAAGGGCGAGGAGGUUCUACCUUGA